AUGGCCGAUAAUACUCACCCCACAGCAGAUCAUCAUUUCACUAGCACAAUGACACUUGCACAAAUGGGUGUAAGCAGUGUUCCUGAGUGCUACAUUCUCCCUCCAGCCGAACGCCCUACCCUUGAGCAGACGCCACCUUCUACCUUCAGUGCUUUGCCAGUCAUAGAUCUCUCCUCUUUGGAGAACCCGGUUCUUUGGCCACAUAUGAUUGAACAAGUGCAUAUGGCAUGCAAGGAAUUCGGAGGUUUUCAGGUGAUCAAUCAUGGAAUUCCUGUUUCGUUAACGGAUCAGGCCCUAGAUGCUGCCGCAGAUUUCUUUGACAUGCCAAAUGACACAAAAAUGCGGUUUGCAUCUACUAAUGUUCAUGAACCUGUAAGGUAUGGGACAAGUUUAAAUCAAGUCAAGGAUAAAAUUCAAUAUUGGAGAGACUUCAUCAAACACUACGCCAAUCCAAUUUCAACUUGGAUUGACUUGUGGCCAUCAGAGCCCCCAAGUUACAAGGAAAAAAUGGGAAACUAUGCCAAGGCUUUGCUACUUUUGCAUACAAAGCUAAUACAGAUAGUAUUUGAGAGCUUGGGUCUACGAUCAGACUACUUACAGAAUGAUGUGGAGCAAGGUUCCCAAGUCAUAGCUGUGAAUUGUUAUCCUACUUGCCCAGAACCAAAUUUAGCACUGGGCCUGCCCCGACACUCAGACUAUGGAUUGUUAACAAUCAUACUCCAAGAUCAACAGGGUCUGGAAGUGAUGGACAGAAAUGAGAAAUGGCAGCCUGUUCCAUUAAUCGAAGGAGCAUUAGUGGUUCAGGUGGGUGAUCAAAUGGAAGUGCUAAGCAAUGGCCGAUACAAAAGUAUUGUUCAUCGAGCAACUGUGAAUUUAGAGAAAAAGCGUCUUUCCAUUGCUAGCCUUCACAGUCUGGCAAUAAACAGAAAGGUGACACCUGCUCCAGACCUAGUGGAUGAGCGACAUCCCUUGUCCUACAAAGAAGGCUGCUUCGAAGAUUUUCUGAACUUCCUUUCAGAUAAUGACAUCCUGGAAGGUAGAUACAUAGACACGUUAAGAAAAAAUUCAGACAGCAUUUCUGAAGAAAAAUGAGUGCCAGUACAAGGUUUAUCCAUCAUUCUUCUAACCGAUUCUGAUUUCAAAAGCUGGAAAGCACAUCAAGAUACCAAUAGGUGGCACUUAGGUUUGCAAAAGUUCCUGGAACAAUGGCAAUGAUGGAAGCCAAGUAUUGAGUGAUAUAGCAUAAUUCAAAUUUCUGUCGUGCUAGAAAGAUACUGGUAUGCAUUCACAACCGUUACUUUGGUUACAAGUAGUGGGUGUUGGUUACGGAUAGUGGAGCUUGAAUAAAGUUAUAGCUAGUCAUUAUUUUCCAGCACGAGUUAUCUUUCUUCUUUCUAGACUUAUGACAUAUGUCCUUAGAUGUUGAGGGGACGACUUCUGAGUAUUGUAUUGUACGGCAUUGCCGAGCCUUUCCAUAAGGAAAUAGGGCCUUCUUUUGAAGGAGUUAUCUUUUAUUUCUAUCAUAUUUCCCGUUUCAUUCACACAGUGUCAGACAAACUUUUAUUCUAUUAUUUGCUCUAACAAAUAUGGAUAAUAUUAUACGAAAUUCUACAAACUUCCAUUUCAGCAUAUCACAUCUACUUAUUUGUCAAUAUCUUCCUGAAUUUACAAAGGAAACCGAUAAUGGUUAACUACAUAAUAAAAAAAGUUCACCCUGGCACGACCUCAAAGAUGUGACCCUUGACAAGAGGCAAGAAGUCCUGAUUCAGAAAUGUAACUUAAAAUAUAUGAGUAUAGCAUGAAGAAGUCGCAUGCAGUUCAAUUUUUCAUUGUUUGCUUUGUUUUUUUUUCAUUCUUCUUUUUCGCAAGGAAUAAAGAUUAGAAAAGGAAAUCCUAGAAUUGCUCAUCUAUUGAAUCUAUUUUUCAACCUUUCAGAUUUCCCUGACUACGCAAUCAGACUCAUUCCUAAGCUCAGAAAGCGUCAAUGACAUUUUUGGUGAGGAAAUGCAUAAAACCCCACCAGAUGUAUGCUCAUGCAUCAAAAAUUGUAUGAUAUCAUAGAAAACCCAAUCAUCAAGGGUCAGAUUUUAAGAGAACUAGAUACAUAACAAGUCAUCUCUGUGAAAUUAAAAAUGCGAUAAAUAACUGUUCUUACUUGGGUGAGCGCAAUGUUGCUGUACAUUUGAAUGCUUAAAAUGACAUCAUGAUAUAUUCAUAUACUAUUGUCCAUAUAUUCUCCAUAAGCAUAGGGAUUCAGCUUUGGACUAAAUAGCGACAAAUAUAUACAGAAUAAAUAUCUAGCAGAAGGACAUAAAUAAAAUUUUAGAUUUUACGAGAAUGCCACAUUGGCAAACAGAGAAAAGACAAACCUUCAUAAUGAGUAUUGAAUAAUGUGAGCCUGAUUUUAAAACACAAACGUAUCCGCUGCCCUCGUCAAUGUUGUUAUAUUCAUCAGCAUCAUAUUUAUGUUCCCAUCACAUAUAACAUACUGUCUUUCAUGAAUCACGGUUGUCAGUCUGCAUGACUGAUAUUUUACACCACGUAAAGAAAAAGGUAAUAAUACAAUCCAUAUCCACGCAUAUAUAAGUACAAGGAACACAAUGACGCGUAAAAUUCCACGUCGCCUUAAAAUUUACGAGCCUGCAAUUAUGACUUUAACAUCGUUAUUCUUGCGAUCUUUCAGCUUGUCACGCCUUAGUACCUAAAGGGUGAAAACAUUUCCAAAUAAUUUAAAGACUCAUAACCUUUUGCAUUCUGAAAGUGUGACAGGGUAAGAUCAAAACUUAAACACGGUAUUACUCUCGCUAGAUACGUAAAGAUCACAUUUGAAAACUUGAGAGGGUGUUUGCACUGGAUUUGGAGGUGACUUGCCUCUGAUAUGAAUAUUAAGGUUGUCCAACAGUACAUUUGUCAAAGGGAAAGUAAAGUUGUAAGUAAGUCUAGUUAUUCGCUAGCUACUCGUAUUUCAGUUCGGAUAAAUCUCUUUUGAGCUUGUUCAGUGAGGCUCGGUAGCUAUGUCAAACUUGAGCUUGAUGCUACUCAAACCAUUAGCUGUGAGUAAGUUCAUUUAUUUACUCAUGAAUUCAUUCAAAAUAUAUAGAUCUAGUAUCUAACUUAUGGAAUACCUUUUAUACUUAAAGGAUAUAGGAAAGUUAUCAUUUUAGUAUAUAUAUUACAAUUGUUUUAACAGGAAAAUAAUCUCUUUUACAGGAAAUGACAGGUAUUUAAAGCUCAAAUCAGCUCAUGAACCUAAGCAAAUUAAGCUCAAAUCGAACUCCAUUCGUAUUGUCGAGCUGAGCACAAUACUAUACUCGACUGGGUUACAUCCUUCUGAGAGCAUAAUUUGAAGCCAGAUAUGGUACCAGUGGCUAUGAAUGUUAACGAUUGAAUAAACAAAACCGUGAACUGGAUCUCAUGUAACAAUCAUUUUUUAUAACAUUAAAAUAUUUUUUUAAAAACAUCGGAUAAUGGAUCGGAAACGGAAACCUCAUGCACCGAAUAACCUAGAAUUGCAAAAUUCAGAUACACAUAAAAACUUCCGAUAUUCGUGCAUCUACAACAGUUUCAUUGCACACUGCAGACUACUCUGAAAUAAAUGAAAUCCAUAAAUUAUCGGCACACCAAACUGCGAAGAUAAUCGAGUUUAAGCAUUAAUAGAUGAGC